AUAACUUUAAACUUCUGUGUCUGCUGGCUGAGUGAGGGAGUGAGUGAGGGAGUGAGCGAGCGAGUGUUCCUGUUGCGGCAGCGCUGGUGGAGGAGGGGUGAAGGGUUGAGAAACUGGCCCCGGGCUGGACGGCUAAGGAUUUAAAAGCGUUUGUCUCUAGUUUCUGGAUCACAAACAGCGGUGGGCGCUCUUGAUGACCCCUCGGCAGAGCGUGUGUCCGUGUGUUCACUCAUGGAGCAGCUCCGGUUCUCCCUCUCGUGGUGCGUGACGGUGGCCAUCCUGUUCAGCGUGCCGCCGCCGAGCGCGCCGGGCGCGAAUAUUCCAACUCCAUUGCCAUUCAAAUUGAACGCUCUCUGCAAGUUCUGUGAUGUUCUGCCCAGCAGCUGUAACGCUACGGGCAUCUGCUCAUCAGAGUGCGACAUCACAUCCAUCUGCGCGUAUCGAGACGAGGUGUGUGUUAGCGUAUGGCACAUAGAUGGAGAGAACAGGACAGUGGAGACGGUGUGUCAUGACCCCUCUCUGCCCUUUCACGGUGUGAUGCUGGACGACUACAACAACACAGACUGUUUGAUGAAGCAGUACAAAGGACUCGGGCCUGAUUACUAUAUGUGCUCCUGCAAAGAAGAGGAGUGCAAUGACAAGCUCAUCUUUACAGCGCCUCGUCCAAAAGGCCCGGAGAUUCCCAUUAUCCUGAUCAGCCUGCUUCCUCUGCUGAUCCUGGCUGUCCUGAUCAUUUCAUUCCUCUACUUCCGUCUACAACACCAGCAGCACCUGAAGACUGGCGCCAAGUCUAUGUGCCCCAGCCAUGACUUCUGCGACACUCACGCCAUCAUGAACGAUGUGGACCAUCAUGAGAGCAGCUCAGCCCACGCCAACAGCCUGAACCACAACAUGGAGCUGCUGCCUAUCCAGCUGGACGGCGUGGUGGGGAAGGGACGCUUUGCCGAGGUCUAUCGUGCAAGGCUCAAACAAAAGCCCACCAGUGCCAGCGGGGCCAAUGGGCCUUUCCAGACCGUAGCGGUGAAGAUAUUUCCCUGUGAGGAGUACGCCUCGUGGAACUCAGAGAAGGAGAUCUUCUCAGACGCCGAGCUGCGGCAUGAGAACGUUCUGCACUUCCUGACGGCGGAGCAGCGCAGGGCGGAGGGUCAGUACUGGCUGAUCACGGCCUACCACGACAAGGGGAACCUGCAGGAGUACCUCAGGAACCACCUGCUGAGCUGGGAGCAAUUGCACAAGCUGGGUGGGUCUCUGGCCCGGGGUGUUGCCCACCUGCACAGCGAGCGAACUCCCUGCGGACGCCCUAAAGUGGCCAUCGCCCACCGGGACCUGAAGAGCUCCAAUGUUCUAGUCAAGGAUGACCUGACCUGCUGCCUCUGCGACUUCGGCCUCAGCCUCCGUCUGGACAGCUCAAUGUCCAUUGACGAGCUCGCCAACAGUGGACAGGUGGGCACUGCCAGGUAUAUGGCCCCAGAGGUGCUGGAGUCCAGAAUCAACCUGGAGAACAUCGAGUCCUUCAAGCAGACAGAUGUCUACUCUAUGGCUCUGGUGCUGUGGGAGAUGACCUCCAGAUGUACUGCCAUUGGAGAGGUUAAGGAGUACGAGCUGCCGUUUGGGAAGCUGAGGGAGCAUCCGUGUGUGGACAGCAUGAAGGACAGUGUGAUCAGAGACAGAGAACGUCCAGAGAUACCCAGCAGCUGGUUCAAACACCUGGGUAUCAAACUCAUGUGCGCCACUAUAGAUGAAUCCUGGGAUCAGGACCCCGAGGCCCGUCUGACUGCCCACUGUGUGCUGGAGCGCUUAAACGCCCUGCAAGAUCUGGACCAUAAGCAACUGAGCCAAAGCCCAGAGCAGAAGGUCCAAAAUGUCUGAAGACCUCUCGGCAUCUCCAAACACCUGCACUUUACAACCACGUCUCAGAGUACUGAGCAGUAAACAUAUCAGCCUAAUGCCACAGUGAGAGCAGUUAAUGUACCCGGUUCCCCCCCAACUUACCUCGAACGCAGUCGAUCAGCCAGGAUGUGUUCGGCGUCUGAAGUUCACCCCUUUAGUUUUAGCUCUGCAGCUGCGAGGCGAAUGUGUCCACCAAGUUAUAGAACUUUUUAGCUACAUUAGCUAAAUAGAAACAAGGUGUAGAAACAGGCGUUAUGCUAAUUGGUGAUAUAUUAGCUUCAGCUGUUCGCUAUGUUAGCCUCAUAGCUCCAGCGCUAAAGCGCAGUUCAGACACCAAACGUGACUUGGGAUAAAGGGCUUCGCUGCUGUGAACGUUUAUCAACAGAAAGCGCCGGUUUUGCUUUUGCUAAACAUGCUGCCAACUUGAUUCAGGUGAUUAUUUUGUUUUCUUGUUUUCUUUCUUUCUGGAGUCCAUGGAACGUGGAGGCUUUGGCCGGAGAUAAGAGAAUGAGAGCUUCUGGGAAUGAGCGUGAUUUUUCCGAGAUAUGCGUAAGUGCCGUAAUAAAGAAAACAGCAUCGGCCUUUUUAGCCCCAGAGGGGCGAAGCUUUCUGCUCUGAGCAGCUCUGUACUGUAAACACGAAUGCUUCACCGAGCCCAGCGACCAUAAAGGAUCUGCGAUGUUUAUGUAUCAGACUACAACAGGACACUCCGAUAAGGACCGUCAUCCCAGCCGAGGAGGCUGCAGAUAAAGGAGAGGAGCUACAGGAGUUUAUCACAUUACAGGGCAGCUCAGUCUGCCUCAGCUGAGAACCUUCCACUGUACAGAGUGUACUGUGUUCACACCAAAGAUUAAACGUGUUUUCAGGACUUAAA